CUCUCUGAGGGAUAAUUAAAUCUGCCCUCAUACUGAGAAAUUACAAAUAAAAGCGAAUUUCUCCUUCAAUUUUCAAGAAUUAACGGAAGGAAAUAUAUUGAGCAGGAGAAAAUGGAGGCCGCAAUGGGGUUGAUGCGAAGAGUUCCACCGAAGCAUUCGGAAACGGCUUUAUCUGCACUUUUAAGCCUUUUGCCGCAGCACUCCUCGGAUCUUCUUUCUCAAGUUGAUCAGCCUCUUCAGGUUUUAUGUGAUGUGGAUAGCGGGAAGGAGUUCAUAUUGUGCGAGUAUAACAGAGAUGCGGACUCUUAUAGGUCACCUUGGUCAAAUAAGUACCAUCCUCCAUUAGAUGACGGACCCUAUCCAUCGGCAGAGUUGAGGAAACUUGAGAUUGAAGCAAAUGACAUCUUUGCUAUCUAUUGUGACCACUUAAAUGACCAAACAAUGGAUAGGUAUUAUGAAGGUGGUAUUUCUUCAGUGUAUAUCUGGGAGGAUGAAAAUGAAGGGUUUGUAGCUUGCUUCUUGAUUAAGAAAGAUGGUGCAAAGACUGCACACGGUAAAAGAGGUUGUCUUCAAGAAGGAUCUUGGGAUGCGAUACAUGUUAUUGAGGUGGGACCAGUGGAGGACGAAACUGCUCGAUACUGCUUGACUAGUUCUGUGAUGCUUUCGCUGACCACUAAUAAUGAUUCCUCUGGCACCUUCAAUUUGUCAGGAUCAAUUAGAAGACAGAUGAAUAUGGAGCUUUCAGUUGCAGAGGGUCAUUUAUGUAAUAUGGGAAAAAUGAUCGAAGAAAUGGAGAGCAAGCUGAGAAACUCAUUGGAUCAGGUAUAUUUUGGGAAGACAAAGGAGAUGGUUUGUACCUUACGACCACCUUCUGAAAUCAUUGAAAUGAGACUUCCUGAUAGCUGAAUACAUAGAGUCGUAAACACUGGAUUGCUUUCGUUACGAUUCGUCCUGCUCUCCGCUGCAUCAUUACAUAUUAUGUCUUGUUUAUCUUGUGCCGUGUCUGUUAUGGUUUUCGCAGUUUGAUCAUGCUCCAUUUGUGACUCGGGCUCGUUUCUCUGUAAACAUAUGAAAAAUGUUGGAAAUGAAUGAAAAUGUUAAAAAACCAUUGCACAUCAUCA